ACCAAAAUGUUAUCGUUUGAGCCACUUAAGAUGAAAAUUUGUAAAGUUUGGAUGUUUUCAAUAAUUUUUAUUAUUUCUUUAGUUAUAUCCGAGAAUCGCAUUGUCUUUCCUGAUGACGAGACUAUUUCACGUAAUCAAGACGAAAGUAACGCAACCUAUUUUAAGAUUCCUGAAAGUAUACUGAUAAGUAUGAAAGACAUUCAUACAGUAAAUGAUUUCAUCGAUAACUUUAUCAGGCCGGAAGAAUUAGAAAGUAUACAACAUAAUUCAAUAUUGGAUAGAAGUGGAGGAAGUGCAAGUAUAGGUGCGUUUAAUGUUAAGUUUGUGCUUAUUUAUAAUAAUUAAACUAAUUUCAUAUUGCGAAUAGUCUAUAUUCUAU